AUGUGGUGUUACAAGCCAGUGAAAAGGGAAGGGGAUCUCAUGAAGGAAGUUGCUCAUAGACCAACUCCAGAGCUCCAUAUCUAUCAUAAGAUCCAGGACGUCAGUUUCCUGCACUUGCAAGUAAAAACAUCAGAUAUUAAGGAAAAGACAGGCAAUUUAGGAAUCUGGAGAUUGGACUCCCUCGACAACUAUCCCGCCCUGGCAGAGUUUAGAAGGUGGCAGCAACUGUGGCCAUACAGUCAAGCUAAAAUUGCAACCUCUAAAUCCUCACCAAUUGGGCAAGAGCUAAUGCCAGCUGCGAGCCUGGCGGGCAGGCGCCGACCUCCAGCCAAGCCUCCGCGGGCACCCGGGCUCAGCACCCUGAACGCUGCGCGAGAGCUGAGCCCGCCCCUGGGCCAGAGCGUGCUCAGGAGUUCCUGGGACCAAGUGUUCACCGCCUUCUGGCAGCGGUCUCUGAACCCCUACAGCAAAUAUAUCUUGACGGAGGACAUAGUACACCGGGAGAUGACCCCUGACCAGAAGCUCCUGUCCAGGCAACUCCUGACCAAGACCAACAGGAUGCCCUGCUGGGCUGAAAGACUGUUUUCUGCCAGUGUUACUCACUCGAUGUACAUCCUGGAGGACUCUAUUGUGGACCCACAAAAUCAGACCAUGACCACCCUCACUUGGAACAUCAACCACACCCAGCUGAUGGUGGUGGAGGAACGCUGCGUUUACUGUGUGAACUCUGGUAACAGUGGCUGGACCGAAAUUCACCGGGAAGCCUGGGUCUCCUUAAGUUUGUUUGGUGUCUCAAGAGCUGUCCAGGAAUUUGGUCUGGCCCGGUUUAAAAGCAAUGUGACCAAGACUAUGAAGGAGUUUGAAUGUAUUUUGGCCAAGCUGCAAGGUGAGACCCCUUCUAAAACAUUUGUUGAAAUCGCCAAGGAAGCCAAGGAAAAGGAAAAGGAGACAGCACUGGCAGUUACAGAAAAGGCCAAGGACCUUGCCAACAAGGCAGCCACCAAGAAGCAGCAGAAACAACAGUUUGUGUAG